AUGAAGAACCGCCGCCGCAACAGCAAGAAAAAAGGAGGCCGAAACAAGAACAAAAAGCCUGCCACAACAAGAACCAAUGACAACGUCGCAGUAGCAAACAAUGACACAACUACCAUUGCGAACAACAACAGCGAAGGUGAUGCUGCAACGUUGACGCUACAGCUGUCCAACGUGGUGAAGCGUGGUCUGUGCUUUCAUGGCAUGUCGGAAGGAUAUGUGAAUGCUGUGGGUCGUGAUGCCUUGCAGCCGUUCUUGGUUGAUGUGUACUCUCAUGAUUGCAAAGAAAGCACUGUCAAUCAUUUGGCCAAUCUGCAGAUGCUACACUUAGUCCACCCUGUUAUGGACCAACCAGGCAUGAUACAGCUUCUUUAUGGACUUGCAGCCACUUUUUCCCUACAAGAAUGGACCACUCCCAAUCUAAAGAAAGCCAUGUUGACUCUGAGAGCAGCGCUUUACCUUGACAAGUGCAUGGAAAAACCUUCUCGAGAGGAUCAUCAUCAUCAGCUGGUGGAAAAGUGGCUUCAAGUGAAGUGGUACUGUGUCAAGCAUUGUGGGAGCAUCCAUGAUGCUAUUGUCUACUUGGACAAGAAAGUCCCCUGUCAUUGUUUGGCAGAUCUCAAAACAAAGGUGCUAGCGACUCGACUCCUGAAGUCCGAGUUUGCGACUACUGUAACAACGAGACUAGUGUAA